AUUUGCCAACACUCGCUCACGUAAAAGUUCACUCUGGAAAUUUUCCACAAUUUUUUGGUGACAAAAUUAAAAUAAACUGUAUUUAUAAAUUACAAUUUGCAAAUUAAUUGUGAAGUGAACGUAAAGGAACCAUAAAAAUGUACAACCAGAGUGGUGUGAACGGUGCGGGCGCUUACAUGGGUGGCAGCGGUGGCGCAGGAGCCGCGAUGGCCAACAAUCGUAUGGGUGGCCCAGGCGGUGCAGGUGGUGCCGGCAUGUAUCAACGUAAUCGUACAGCUCCAUACAUCCGUGGUGGUCCGGGCGGUGGAAACGGGGGCAACGGCGUCGGCGGAUUUAAUGGCGUUGUAAAUGCCGCAGGACCACGUCGCAUGAACAUGACCGGACAGCGCAACGAGCGCGAUGGUUUUGGUAACAACGGCAACCGAACGUCAAAUCAUGGCGCUCAUUUGCCAAAGAUUGUCUGGGCAGAAGUUAACUUGACUCCAUUCCGUAAAAAUUUCUAUCAGCCUUGUGAGUCCGUGCUGUCACGCACGAAAGGAGAAACUGACUCAUUCUUGGCCAACAACGAGAUCACUAUUAAGGGCGAUGAGGUGCCCACACCAAGCAUUGAAUUCGAGGAGGGCGGCUUCCCUGACUAUGUAAUGAAUGAAAUACGCAAGCAGGGAUUCGCUAAACCCACGGCUAUACAGGCGCAGGGCUGGCCCAUCGCUUUAAGCGGCCGUGAUUUAGUGGGCGUGGCCCAGACCGGGUCAGGUAAGACGCUGGCUUAUGUACUGCCCGCGGUAGUCCACAUCAAUAAUCAGCCACGUUUGGAGCGCGGCGAUGGGCCCAUAGCAUUGGUACUAGCACCCACUCGUGAGCUAGCACAACAAAUCCAACAAGUCGCCAUCGAGUUUGGCUCAAACACUCAGGUGCGCAACACCUGUAUCUUUGGCGGUGCCCCUAAAGGUCAGCAGGCUCGUGAUUUAGAGCGCGGGGUGGAAAUAGUGAUUGCUACACCAGGUCGUCUCAUUGAUUUUCUCGAGCGUGGCACAACUACAUUGAAACGCUGCACAUAUCUUGUGCUUGACGAAGCUGAUCGCAUGUUGGACAUGGGCUUCGAACCCCAGAUUCGCAAGAUCAUGCAGCAAAUACGCCCCGAUCGUCAAGUGUUGAUGUGGUCGGCUACAUGGCCGAAAGAAGUGCGCCAGCUGGCCGAGGAGUUUCUCAACAAUUACAUACAGGUCAACAUUGGGUCGCUCUCGCUGUCGGCCAAUCACAACAUUCUCCAGAUUGUCGACGUGUGCGAUGAGUCUGAGAAAAUAGCCAAGCUAAUCAAGUUGCUGACGGAGAUAUCGGCCGAGAAUGAGACCAAGACCAUCAUAUUUGUGGAGACCAAGAAACGCGUGGAUGAGAUCACACGCAACAUUUCGCGUCAAGGCUGGCGCGCCUGCGCCAUUCAUGGCGACAAGUCGCAACAGGAGCGCGACUUUGUGCUGUCCUCCUUCCGCAAUGGACGUCACUCUAUCCUGGUGGCCACUGAUGUGGCUGCCCGCGGACUGGAUGUCGACGAUGUCAAGUUUGUUAUCAACUAUGACUAUCCAUCGAAUUCUGAGGAUUACGUGCAUCGCAUCGGGCGAACAGGUCGCUCCAAUAAUAGGGGAACCGCAUACACUCUGUUCACGCACUCAAACGCCAACAAGGCCAAUGAUCUCAUACAAGUGCUGCGUGAGGCAAAUCAGACCAUCAACCCGAAGCUAAUGAACAUGGCUAUGCAUGGUGGUGGUUACCAGAAGCGCGGGGGCAUGGGCGGUUAUCGCGGCAACAACAGCUAUCAGGCGCGCAAUGGCCAACAAAUGGGCGGAGGUGGCGGUGGCUACAACGGAGGCAACUAUCGCAACAAUGCCAACAUGAAUCAACGCACUGGCAAUGGCGGCGGUGGCUACAAUGCAGGCGCUGGGGGAAUGAACGGCAGCGUUGUGCGCUUCGAGCACAAACCACGCUCUUCCCCACCCAAUGCGGGUGCAUAUCGUCCAUCCGGUUAUCAGCAGCAAGGCUCGCAGCCGGCGUCGGCACAACAACAGCAGCAACAACCAAAUGGCGUGCAGUUCUCACGAUUCAAUCCGAAUGCCGCUUGUUUUGAGCCCAAGACUGGUGCAGCUCAGGUGGCAGCUCCGCAACAGCAACAACAGCAGCAACAGCAGCAACAACAACAACAACAGCAGCAGCAAUUGGCUGCGGCUGCCGCUGCCGCGGGCUAUGGCAUAGAUCAGAAGCGCUCCCGUUUCACACCAUACAACAUGAACUUUGCCAACAUGCCAGCAGCACAGCAACAACAACCGGCGCAGGUGGUGGCAGCAGCAGGUGCACCGCCGCCACAAGCUUAUGGCCAGUACUCGAACAUGUCGACGGGAAUUGCGACCGUGCCGCUGAAUGGUGGAACCGCUGCGGCUCUAGCAACCAAUCCUUACCGCGCCCAGUAUGCCGUUCCCGCUGCUGCGCCGUAUGUGAUGGCCAAUAGUGGUGAUAUCUUUGCAUAUCCGCCGCCACCUUUGCCCGUACAAAAUUAAGUACACGCACCGCCAAAGUGUAGAUUCAAAUUUGUUGGGCCAAAUGGUCUAAGGUUUUUCUCUGUUAUAAUUUCCUUUCCUAUACACAAGCAAGCACUCAACAAAAAAAGAAAAAGAAAAAAAAAACAAAAAAAUAACAAGGAAACCCGAGAUCCGAGGCUUGUUAAGAUCUCCUUUUUCUUAAAAACCCAAGUCAGCUAUAUAAUAUGGUUUGAAUUGAAAUCAAAUACGCUUGUAAUUUGAAAAAUUUUUUAGUUUCUACUUCAAUCUCUAGUUUUGUAAGGACACCUUCUUCUGUAUUUCAUUUGUUCAAAUUUCAAAAGGGGCACUUAAGUGUGUUAGCCAACGUUGACGUUGGUAGCAUCGUUUCCAAGCCCUGGCGUAUUUGAUUUCUGCUGUUUACGUAAAAUCUCAAAAAUUGUAAUAUUGCAUCUCAUCUAAAAAAUUUGCAAUGCUCCAGUAUGUCACCACACACAUUAAAUCACACAACAUACACAGAAACACAUGCAUAUAAAUACAUAUAAAAAGGUCAAUUUCUUAGAAUCAAAUGCGUAGACAUACAAAAAACCA